CUUCUUCCUCUUUCUCUUCCACACGACUGCUAAUCGAUGGAGAAGGGCAUCCCGAGGAAGAAGAAGAAGGAAAAGCAGAAGUCGGGUGGUGAUGCCCACCAUCACCAGGGAGAAGCAGCCAAGGACAAGGAGGGCCUGGACCACGCUCCAAACACGAAGGAAUUGCUGGAUCUGAAGCAGACUCGCCAGCUGUACAAGAGCAACCUCUACAGGUAGGUGAAGUGUCACAUAGAUCAGUCAGAUGGAUUCACGAAAUGAAUGAGUGCAGUGAGUGCACCACCUCAUCCAUCCGUCUGAUCCAUCCCCAUGGCCAUGCCUUCCCUCUCCCUCUGUGUCUGUCUGAUGUGUGUCAGGCUGCAACUGGAGGAGCUCUUGGCCAAUGUGGGCGUCAAGGCAGCGCGCCUCAAGGAGUUCGGACCGCUGCUCAUCGCUAUCAACGAGACCCUCAACAGGCUCACCGGCCGCGACAUCCCGGCUGAUUUCGCCAGUGAGUUCCCCUCCUUGGUCUUCCACUUCAUCCUCCCCGCUGCGUUCACCUUCACGCGGCCGGCCAGAGUGGAUGUCGUGGGCAGCUAUGUGCUCAAGGCGGUGACCAAGCCUGUGACCAAUAUUGACAUCGCCAUGGAGAUGCCCAAGGACAUGUUCCUGGAGCGGGACCACAUCAACUACCGGUGCGUACGUGUGUGCGUGUGUGGGGAGGGGGGGCACAUGGGUGUGGUGCGGUGCGGUCGUGUUCACCCUGUUGGUUUCUGCGUCUGGACGAUGGUGCCUGCAGGUAUUUCGACAAGCGGGCUGCGUAUCUCGGUGAGGUGCAUCGCCAGCUGACGGAUAUCUGCACCAGCAUCGACACACCGCAGCAGCAGCAGCCAGAACGACAAAAGAAGAAAAAGAGGAAGACUGGCGGCAGCAACAGCGAGGCCACCACCCCCGCCCCACCAGCACCAGCACCAACACCGACCAGCCCCCUCGCCCCUUUCCGCCCUUCACUGGCCUUCCACGCGUGGCACGGCGACCCUCGCAAGCCCAUCAUCAUCAUGACAGUCACCCCGCCCCAAGACCACCCCUCCGCAAGGCGGUUUCACAACUGGAGGGUCCGGCUGUUCCCCGUCGUCAGCGACGACACGUUCCGUGAGGCGCGACUGGCGCCCAGUUGGAACUCGGUGCGUCAGCCGACCACGACGAGCAGCAUGUUGGCUCUGGAAGAGUACAGGAGGAGUGUGCAGAAGGGUGGAGGGGAGAGGGUGGGCAAGAGCAGGGCGCAGGAGGUGGAGAGGGAGGGGCUGGCCCUGCCGCCCACUCCGGCCUACAACGCCGCUGUGCUCGAAGACAUGCGGUCAGCAGAGGCAGGGAGCACAGCUAACAAGACAGACACCUGUGUGUUUCUUUGUUGACUGCAAUCGUGUGCCUGUGUGUGUUCCGCGUCAGGAUGCGUCGGCACGUGCAUCUGUUGGUCGAGUGCCUCGAAAAGUGGCCCGCCCUCAAAGACACCCUCCACCUCAUCAAGACAUGGGCAUUCCAGCGGGGCUUUCUUGCCACACCCAAAUGCCCCCACUUCACAUCGGUCGACGGCUUUACCCUCUCACUCGUCGCAGCACACUGCACACGUGCCCACAGUGGGGCCGCCAGCACAGCCGCCCCGCAGCUGUUCAAGCUGACCAUGGCCUUUCUCGCCAGGCCGCAAUUGCUGACCCACAAGUGGGUGUUUGGGAGGGGCGGUGGUGCGGCGAGGGGCGACAAGGAUCCGCCGCAGGGACAGGGGGCGCUGUAUGACUCGGACGAGGAGACGUUUAACGUGCUGUGGAGAUGUGGGCUGCACAUGCAGGUACAGAUCGGAGGGAGGGAGGGAGAGAGAGGGAUGGAGAGAGAGAGGGAGGGAGGGAAAGAGGCAUGGAUUGGGUCUGCUGUUGUCGCAGGAGCUUCACGACGAGGCGCGGCGCACUCUGUCCCUGCUGGAGUCUGCGAGCGACCCCUUCACGGCCCUCUUCGGCAUCAGGUACCGGCCCGAGUUCUCAUGGGACCUCCACAUACACGUACCCCACGACGCCAUACCGCCCCCCAACAAACUCCCACAAGCCGUAAGCCACUCGACCCGACACACAGGUCAGUCAGUGUCAUUUUCCCUGUUUGCCUGCUUUUGUCUGCCACAGGGCCUGUUUGAUGAUCAUGGAGGGAAAGCGACAGAGUGGGAGCAGCUGCCGCAUGUGGCCUUUGCCGCCACUUUGGUGGCCCUCUUGCGCAGAGGCCUCACCGAUCGCGUCCAUGGCUAUGCCAUUCGAUUCGUCCCUCCCGCAUCGUCCGGGAGCGAGAGUGAUGACGGCAAGUACUGCUGGCAUGGCGAGGAGGUGCCCCCGCGGUGCUGCGGUGUGGCCGUGGGGCUCAUGCUGGACAGGGAACACAUGAACAGGGCCAUCGACAAGGGGCCCUCGGCCGACACUGCCGAAGCCAAACGAUUCAAGUACACACACACACACACACACAGACGAGUAUCCACAUCACACGUGUGUGGUGGCUAUCUCAGUUUUCCGUGUGUGGUGCGUGUGUGUGUAGAGCGUUUUGGGGCGGCAAGUCGGAGAUUCGCCGAUUCCGCGACUCGUCCAUCCUCGAAUGUGUGGUGUGGCAGCCCCCGGCAACCGACUGCAUCUUCCCUGAGGGCCACCCCACACAUCCCUCCGUCCCCACACAGAUCAUCCGCCACCUUCUCAAGACCUACUUCCCCUCACUGCACGCCACCAACGACGUGCAAAUGACGUCAUCGGCGAAAAGCAACAAGCGCAAAGGGAUAGAGGAGGAGGGGGCGCUGGCCACGGCAAGAGAGAGCGAGAGGUGUGUCAUCCACACAGCGCCCCUGACGAUGAGCCCAUCGGUGUCUGAUGACGGCACCGGCCUGUGGUCGGCCUUCAACGAGUUCAAGAGCCACCUCGACGAGCUGACGACGCUCCCCCUGGCCAUCAAGGAGGUCAAGCCAGUGUCGCCGUCAUUCCGCUACUGCGCCGUAGGCAGCGAGCCCAGGGCGGCCGGUGUCAGCAACACGCGGCUGCUGAGGGAGCUUAGGGGCGGUGCUGCGGCCCACACAGAUGAGGAGGAGGAUGGCGGCCACCGGCGUGUGCAUGACGUGGUAAUAGAGUUUGAGGGCUCGGGAGCGUGGCCGACAGAUGAGGCGGCGAUUCGGAAAAUCAAGACGGCGUUCCUCAUCAAGCUGCAGUGAGCAAGAGAUCGAGAAGGAGAGAGGCCAGCUUAAGGCCGGCGGUCUAUCCAUGUGUGUGUGGAGUGUAUUGUAUGGUGUGCGUGGUGCGUCCUGUGUGCUAUGCAGGUCUGACAUGUCUUCUGAGUUUGGCAUCGAAUCCGAUCUCACGGCCGCCUACGCCGACGUCAAAUACCCUGACGUACGCACACACCCCGAGAGACGGAGCGAUGGACUGACUCAUGCUGGCAUCAUAUCCAUCAUGUGUGCUGCUGUCGUCUCCCACUCGCCACACCUAUCCAUCCAUCCAUCCACUCAGCACAUCUUCCGUGUGCGCAUCUUCCACCCGAAGGAGGUGGGGGGGAUCGCUGCACAAGUCACCAACCCCGCACACAACCUCAAGGUCAGGUCAACCAACACACCAAAACACACAUGGCAUGGCAUGGCAUGGACUUGUGUGUAUUGUAUUGUAUUGUAUGCGAUGCGCCCGUCCUUUCUUCCCCCGUCCGUCAGACUCGGCCCGACGACGCAUCCCUGAAGGAUCUUCGCGAGCUGUGGUGGCGGCCGCAUGUGGGUGCCCUCCUGCGUGCGAUGGCUUUGAGGAACCAGGCUUACAGCGCCACUGUGCGGCUGGUCAAGCAGUGGCUGGGCCACCAGCUGGUCGACCGUGCCGACGACUGGUGCGAGCACGUCGUGUAUCGGGUGUUCCAAGACCCAUCGCCCUUCAUGGAGCCACCCAACACCCCUCAUGUGGGUCUUGUCAGGUGAGAAUACACAACGGAGAGAGGGAGGGAGGGGGUUUGAUUUUGAUGUCAUGGCGCCUGCGAGAUGAUAUGUGUGGAUGGUUGUGGUGUGCAGGUGUCUGUUGUUUGUGAGCGGCUUUGAGUGGGAGGGUGCGCCGCUGACGGUCGACCUUGACGAGACACUGGCGCACAACCCCGAGCAGCAGCACCAGCUGCAACUUGCAUAUGAGAGGUCCGGUCCGUGAGGCCUCCCAUCCGACCCCGACCGCCGUGUCUGUGUAUGGUGAUGUGAUGCAGGGCUCAUAGCAAGGGAGCGUCCACAUCCCGCCUGCCGCCACUGUGGGUGUCCUCAUUCUUCGAUCCUCACGCCCUGCUGCUGCCCCUGCCCACAGCCAUGAACUGCAAACGCAUCAUCGCAAAGAGCAAGUGAGGGAGUGAGAUGAAGAUCCCCACACACAGGGGGUUGAUUCGCAAUGCCCGUGUGUGUCUCGCCUUAUGGUGGUGGUAUCUCUUUCUUUGUCAGGGCUGCCCUCGAUGUGUUCCGCCAGAACUUCGAGCAUCCAUCCGCCGGCCUCAGGUGCACACGACAUGGAUGGAUGGGCGGCCACACAAUCACUCACCCCGUUGUUUGUGUGUAGGUGUUGGGCGCCUCUCUUCACCGCCCCCCUGUCUGCCUUCGAUCUGGUGCUGCACCUCCACCCCCUCCCCAAGCUCGCCGCAUUCAUCGCCAAGACACUCGGCCGCCAGCACAAGAAGGAGCGACUCAAGACGCAAAGAGAGCAAUUUGCAAACCUCCCAGCAAGCAGCAACCAAGACCCUGAUGGCAGCACCGACAUCCACCCAGAGGCGCUGUCUGACCAAGCCAUGGCCGGGGGCCUCACAGCCAUGCUCGUCAAUCAGCUGCGGCAGCGGUUUGCUGGCACGGCUGAGUUCUUUUACAACCCGCUGCUCGCCCCGCCGCCCUUGAUUGCGGUCAAGCUCCAUCCGUCGGCUUUUGAGCUGAAGUUGGCGGGCGGGGAGGGUGAGAGAGGAGGGCAGAGUGCGAGUGUAGCUUUUCUGGGUCAUGUGAUGGCCAGCAUGGGAAAGGGGCUGGUGUCACACCCGCAAUUUGUGGCCAAGUGAGAAGCGUGUGGUGCUGUGUGUCGUGUGUGGUGUGUCGAUGAGAUGUGUGACGAGACGUCGGGGCGUCACGUGUGCGUGUGCGUGG